CUUCUCGGUACUGUACGUUCGAGUCCAUCGGAUGACACUUUCAAUCUGUCGUGCCAUAGAAGGAUCGAAGGGCUCUAUGUCAGUUUUCUUUAUAAUUCCUGACUCCCCUCUCUAAACUGAUCUCCCGUUGGUUUUCCCGUAAGCCGCUGGUGGGCGACGGUACACAACAUGUCACUCGAUAACUUAUACUCGCUUCCCGCUGCAGAGCAGCAGAUCAUCCUAAAUGGGCCAGCCCUUCAACCCCCAGACGGAGUUCUUCCCAACUUCGACAACCCUCCGAACAGGAAUGCCUUGGGGAUAGGCAUUACCACCCUAUGUCUAUCUAUUUGGACGAUAGCCUUCUUGCUCAGGGCGUAUGCUAAGAUUUUUUGCAUGAGGAAAGUGGAAAUAGAAGACUAUAUUGCUUUUGCGGGAUUUGGCCUGUCUAUUGGUUUUGCAUACUGCGCUUAUAGCGUAGCAAAGAUUGGCUACUUCGUGCACCAAUGGAACGUUCGCGUCAAGGACUUAACUAUAAUCUUUUAUCCCGUCCAUGUAGGCUCCGAGUUAUAUUGUGUCAUCUUGAUGCUCUACAAGGCCGCCAUUCUUCUCGAAUGGAUUCGGAUAUUUGUACCACGACCCAGCCGGACAUACUUCUACUGGGCUGCCUAUACGUUAUUAUGGGUAAACAUCUUGUUUUAUGCUUCAGUAAUCAUAGCCGGAAACGUAUCUUGUACCCCUUUUGCGAAACAAUGGGACAAAACACUUCCUGGUACCUGUCGAGGUAGAGAAUCAGUGGAUGUUUCUACAGCUUCAUUCAAUCUCGCCUCGGAUCUACUCAUCAUGGGGCUUGCCCAGAGCGUCAUUUGGAGGUUGAAGAUCCCGACGAAGAAAAAGCUUGGUGUCGCUUUUGUCUUUGCUGUCGGAAUUGCUGCUUGCAUAGCCGCUGGCUUUCGGCUCGACGCCUCGGUCAAAUUCGUCCACCUAGCGGAUGCGACAUAUGGCGUGUGUAACGUAGCAGUCUGGGCUUCCGUCGAAAUAAUGUGUGCCACACUUAUUUUCUGUAUACCCGCUAUGCCCAAGAUCUUCAGAGACUCACCAGCGACUAAAAUCGCAACAAAACUAAAGACUUGGUCGCAUUACGACUCGAGCAGAACGAAGAAUAGCGGGAGUACAGCUUGGACCGAUACCGACUCCAAGACGCCGGUUACUCAUAAUGCAUAUCAAGUGGUAAACGACAACGACGCGUCUGUAAGACAGCCUUACCCGGUGCAGGGGCAAGUCUGGUAUCCCAUCGAGCACCCUCAGGCAUACAGCCAUUAUCAAGCUCCCCCGGCCGCAAUUGUACGUACUACCGAUUUCACCAUAGAAGAGCGUGGGUAUCAGAGACCACCGGUGGAGACGCAACAAUUCCACGUCCCAUGGAACCAGCACCACCAGGUAUGAUGAUCCUACCUAGGCAAUUCAGGAUGAGCAUAAGCGCAUAUUGGGUAUGGAACUUGCAGGUUAUGGUUGGGUAUUUACAUGG